GCGAAGCCGGGCGUGGAGGACCUCCCGAGGGUCAUCGAGGAGCAGAGCGUCGGAGGCGGCCAGCGCAAGCGGAUCGCCGUCAUCCGGCAUCACGUGGAGGCGGCAGGCGGCCAGGUGGGAGGGACCGCGCCCAAACCCCGCGUGCGGCGCGGCAUGGGAGUCAUGGAGGUGCCCUGUGUCCACGCGCGGGUGGCCCCCCAUACUCUAUUCGUCGGGGCCAACGGGGCCUCCCGCUACAUCUGCUGCCACCUCUGCAGGAUGCGGGCAGGCGCGCACCUGGUGGUAGCCAAGAAGCAGACGGAGGAGAUUUGGAGGUUCCUGGUGACGCGCCUGAUCUUCACCACGGAGGGGCGCAGGGCGCGGGCCAAGUUUCCAGAUCCGUGGAAGACGGGACUUACGGAGGCCCCCUUGCCCCCGCCCCCAGACAGCCGCCUCGUCCGGCUGGUGAUCGGGGGGGACCGAGACCCUGCCUUGGUCGCCGACCCUCGCGACCCGAGGCGGCCAGUCCAGACGAGGGAGCGUGCGGGAGCCGGCGCACUCACGCAGCGGGUAUCCGCCUUCCUCGGAGGGCUCUGGCCCGCGGGGCCCCGGGAGGAGGACGAAUCCCCGCGGGACCGCCGAGCGGUCGCACACCUCGACCACGCCGCCCUGCGCGUCCCCGAAGGCGUUCCCGGCCACCUAGACUGGGGCGGCAAGACCUUCCUCGCCCUCCUCCGGGAGUACCCCGAGCGGCGCCGCCAGCUCCGCCGCCGCCGGCAGGAGCCCCGUCUCCACGCGCUGCACAAGUUUCGGGAUUGGCUGCGGGAGGAGUCUGCCUCGGGGAACCCCUUUGGAGGGGAGCCAGUCCCUCUGACCCCAGGGGGGGAGGAGACGGAGGACGACCCGGCGGACUUCGUCCCGGCCGGGCAGGAGGCCUCAGGAUGGACGGUGGAGGGAGCCUCCGAGGUGCCCCUCGCGCCCCGCCUGGAGCCGGACGUCAACCCGCGACUCUUGGUCGCGGUCGACACCGCCAACGGAGGCAUGACGUUCCAUGGGUCCGCCUUCCGGGUCAAGUGCCUGCAG